GAUAUUGUGGACGAUGUUCCUGGCAGUGUGCAGAAGCAGUGUGGACUUAAAUAUGGCAGAGUUGCAGCAUGUGGCAGAUCACUUGAACAAGCGGGAGUGUCGCCGCCUAAUGGCAGCAUUGCGCUCCCCUUCACGUGACCUACCUUCCAAGUCACAACUGGAACUUGCAGAGCGGCAGGUUCCACAGACGGACCACUGCAUAGACCUCUUGCUGCGCUGGAACUCUGGGAGUGGACGACAUGGGGCACGUGGCCGCUCUGGAAUGGAGCCAUUGUCUCGCCGCCUACGCCAGCUAGGUCAUCCACACCUUGCCUCAUGGCUCUCCAAGUCUGUCUUCCAUGCACUCGCUCAGGAUCUUGGAGAUGAUGUUGCUGCUCUCAACAGUGAUGGGGAUACUGUGGCUAUGGCAGCAGCCAAGGCAUCACCAAAUAAGAUCCGACAUUUAAGAACAGAGCAGUCAGAGGAAGUGAGUGAUGAGGUUCAGUGGAUGCCACUAGACACAGUUCUGUGUGCUGCUGUGGUUGCACUAGCAGUGACUGCCUUGAUGCUGUUAGCUGUUUCCACCUGGCGCUACUGUCGUGUUUGCAGUGAUGCGAGCUCCCAGAACAGGUACAAUGUACUGCGUGACACAGAGGAAGAAUCUACAGAUACAAAUGUGUGGAAUCCUACAGCAGAAGAGGUACACCAUCCCAUGACUCCAUACAGAUCUGGAACUAGUCAUCCACUGUACUGAAUAUUGGUGAAAUA